AUGAAUAGCAGGUUAGGCGAUAACCACUCUGCUCGAAGCUCAGGCGGCCUUGUCAACUUUGCUAAAAGCUCAGUCGACUCUCCUUCCAUCUCCCUGCUUCAAUCGCUUUUUGUUGGAUGUACCCAGCCUCGGCGAGUUGCUGCUAUGAGUGUUUCAGCUCGAGUUUCUCAAGAAAUGGGGGUCAAACUGGGGCAUGAGGUUGGGUAUUCGAUCCGUUUUGAAGACUGUACUUCAGAAAAGACGAUUCUGAAAUAUAUGACAGAUGGAAUGUUAUUGCGGGAAUUCCUAGGUGAACCUGAUCUUGCAAGUUAUAGUGUGGUGAUGGUGGAUGAGGCCCAUGAAAGAACCCUGUCAACCGACAUUUUGUUUGGUUUGGUUAAGGAUAUUUCUCGCUUUCGGCCUGAUCUUAAGUUGCUUAUCUCAAGUGCAACUCUUGAUGCUGAGAAGUUUAGUGAUUAUUUUGAUUCUGCUCCAAUUUUUAAAAUACCUGGCAGGCGGUUUCCUGUUGAAAUACACUACACUAAAGCACCAGAGGCUGAUUACUUAGAUGCAGCAAUUGUCACUGCUCUACAAAUCCAUGUGACACAACCACCUGGUGAUGGUGAUAUAUUGGUUUUUUUCACUGGUCAGGAGGAGAUUGAGACAGCUGAAGAGAUUCUUAAGCAUAGGACAAGGGGGCUGGGAACAAAAAUUGCAGAGCUGAUUAUUUGUCCGAUCUAUGCAAACCUACCAACAGAGCUGCAGGCAAAAAUAUUUGAGCCCACUCCUGAAGGGGCACGUAAGGUUGUUCUUGCUACAAAUAUAGCAGAGACAUCAUUGACAAUUGAUGGGAUCAAGUAUGUUAUUGAUCCGGGAUUUUGCAAAAUGAAAUCUUAUAACCCUCGGACUGGGAUGGAGUCAUUGCUAGUCACUCCUAUCUCGAAAGCAUCUGCAAAUCAAAGGGCUGGUCGAUCUGGACGAACAGGUCCUGGAAAGUGCUUUCGUUUGUAUACGGCCUACAACUAUUACAAUGAUUUGGAUGAUAACACUGUCCCAGAGAUACAGCGGACCAAUCUUGCCAAUGUUGUGCUUAUGCUGAAGAGUCUUGGGAUACAUGACUUGUUGAACUUCGAUUUCAUGGACCCACCACCAGCUGAAGCCUUACUGAAGGCUCUUGAAUUGCUCUUUGCUUUAAGUGCACUUAAUAGACUUGGUGAGUUGACAAAGGUUGGCAGAAGAAUGGCAGAGUUCCCACUUGAUCCGAUGCUGUCUAAGAUGAUCGUUGCUUCAGAGAAGUAUCAAUGCUCUGAUGAGAUCAUAUCAAUUGCUGCGAUGCUUUCUGUGGGAAAUUCAAUCUUUUACCGUCCAAAGGACAAACAGGUCCAUGCUGACAAUGCGCGGUUGAAUUUUCACAUGGGUAAUGUUGGAGAUCAUGUCGCAUUGCUUAAGGUGUACAGUUCCUGGAAGGAAACCAAUUUCUCAACCCAGUGGUGCUAUGAGAAUUACAUCCAGGUCAGGAGUAUGAAGCGUGCUAGAGACAUAAGAGAUCAAUUGGAGGGGCUGCUGGAGAGAGUCGAAAUUGAAUUGACAUCUAACGACAAUGAUUUAGAAGCUGUAAAGAAGUCCAUAACAUCAGGAUUUUUCCCCCAUUCUGCGAGGCUGCAGAAGAACGGAUCCUACCGAACUGUCAAACAUCCACAGACUGUUCAUAUUCACCCCAGCUCAGGUUUAGCACAGGUGCUUCCUAGAUGGGUUGUGUAUCAUGAGUUGGUCUUGACAACCAAGGAGUAUAUGCGACAGGUUACCGAACUAAAACCGGAGUGGCUGGUUGAAAUUGCUCCUCACUAUUAUGAGCUGAAGGAUGUUGAAGAUCCGGGAUCAAAGAAAAUGCCUCGUGGAGAAGGGCGUCCGUCUUAG